ACUAGAGGCAACACCCGGGAGCGGAGAAACCAGUUUGGCUGGUCUCGCGGAGCGGAGGGAAAAGGGCGGCCGCAGAGGAAGGGGGCGCGUACGCGGGGCGGGGGCAGGCGGGGAGCCACUGGAGAGCUGCGAGAGCCGGAGGAGCCUCCGCCAACUGGACACGCUUCCCGGGGCCCCGGGCCAGCCCCGUGCGCCAUGAAGCGCUAGCGCUGCGGCCAGCGCUGGGGCCGGGCUGGCGGGCGGCUGCUGCGGGCAGGUGCGCAAGCGAGCGCGCGGAUAGGCGCGCACCCGGCGGAUGCCCCAGUCGGGGCCCAGCGAGCGCCAGGUAGUUCCAAUUUGCCAGCAGAAUGAAUACAGAAAGAGACUCAGAAACGACAUUUGAGGAGGAUUCUCAGCCUAAUGACGAAGUGGUCCCUUACAGUGAUGAUGAAACAGAAGAUGAACUUGAAGACCAGGGGCCUGCGGUGGAACCAGAGCAGAAUCGAGUUAACAGAGAAGCAGAGGAAAACCGGGAGCCAUUCAAAAAAGAUUGUACAUGGCAAGUCAAAGCGAAUGAUCGAAGCUUCCACGAACAACCUCAUUUUAUGAACACAAAGUUCUUUUGUAUUAAGGAGAGCAAAUAUGCGACUAAUGCAAUUAAAACAUACAAGUAUAAUGCGUUUACCUUUCUACCAAUGAAUUUGUUUGAGCAGUUUAAGAGAGCAGCCAAUUUCUAUUUCCUGGUCCUUCUUAUCUUACAGGCAAUCCCUCAAAUCACGACCCUGGCGUGGUAUACCACCCUGGUGCCCUUGCUGGUGGUGCUGGGCAUCACGGCCAUCAAAGACCUCGUGGACGAUGUGGCUCGCCAUAAAAUGGACAACGAAAUCAACAAUAGGACGUGUGAAGUCAUUAAGGAUGGCAGGUUCAAAAUUGCCAAGUGGAAAGAGAUUCAAGUCGGAGAUGUCAUUCGUCUGAAAAAAAAUGAUUUCAUCCCAGCUGACAUCCUGCUGCUGUCCAGCUCUGAACCUAACAGCCUCUGCUACGUGGAAACGGCUGAACUGGAUGGAGAAACCAAUUUAAAGUUCAAAAUGGCACUUGAAAUCACACAUCAGCAUCUCCAGAAAGAAAAUUCAUUGGCAACAUUUGAUGGUUUUAUUGAAUGUGAGGAACCGAAUAACCGACUAGAUAAGUUUACAGGAACACUGUUUUGGAGAAAUACAAGUUUUCCUUUGGAUGCUGAUAAAAUUUUGUUACGCGGCUGUGUAAUCAGGAACACUGAUUUCUGCCAUGGAUUGGUCAUUUUUGCAGGUGCUGACACUAAAAUAAUGAAGAAUAGUGGGAAAACCAGAUUUAAAAGAACUAAAAUUGAUUACUUGAUGAACUACAUGGUGUAUACGAUCUUUGUUGUUCUUAUCUUGCUUUCUGCGGGUCUUGCCAUCGGCCAUGCUUACUGGGAAGCUCAAGUUGGCAAUUAUUCUUGGUACCUCUAUGAUGGAGAAGACACCACACCCUCCUACCGUGGAUUCCUAAAUUUCUGGGGCUACAUCAUUGUUCUGAAUACCCUGGUGCCCAUCUCUCUCUACGUCAGCGUGGAAGUGAUUCGUCUUGGACAGAGUUACUUCAUCAACUGGGACCUGCAGAUGUACUAUCCUGAGAAAGACACGCCCGCGAAGGCAAGAACCACCACGCUGAAUGAGCAGCUCGGGCAGAUCCAUUACAUCUUCUCUGACAAGACAGGGACGCUCACACAGAACAUCAUGACCUUUAAAAAAUGCUGCAUCAACGGGCAAAUUUACGGAGACCAUCGGGAUGCUUCUCAGAACAGUCAUAGCAAAAUAGAGCCAGUGGAUUUUAGCUGGAAUACGUAUUCCGAUGGGAAGCUUGUAUUUUAUGACCAUUAUCUCGUCGAGCAAAUCCAGUCGGGGAAGGAGCCGGAAGUGCGACAGUUCUUCUUCCUGCUGGCGGUGUGCCACACGGUCAUGGUGGACAGGCUCGAUGGUCAGCUCAACUACCAGGCGGCCUCUCCUGACGAAGGUGCCCUGGUAAGCGCCGCCAGGAACUUCGGUUUUGUCUUCCUCACCAGGACCCAGAACACGAUCACCAUCAGUGAGUUGGGCACUGAGAGGACCUACAGUGUUCUCGCCAUUUUAGACUUCAACAGUGACCGGAAGCGAAUGUCUAUAAUUGUAAGAACCCUAGAAGGCAAUAUCAGGCUUUAUUGUAAAGGUGCUGACACUGUAAUUUAUGAACGGUUACAUCGAAUGAAUCCUAUGAAACAAGAGACACAGGAUGCCCUGGAUAUCUUUGCAGGUGAGACUCUUAGAACCCUGUGCCUUUGCUAUAAGGAAAUUGAAGAAAAAGAAUUUGAGGAAUGGAAUAAAAAGUUUAUGGCUGCAAGUAUAGCCUCAACCAACCGGGAUGAAGCUCUGGAUAAAGUAUAUGAGGAGAUUGAAAAAGACUUAAUUCUAUUGGGAGCAACAGCUAUUGAAGACAAGCUACAAGAUGGAGUCCCAGAAACCAUUUCAAAACUUGCAAAAGCUGACAUUAAGAUCUGGGUGCUUACUGGAGACAAAAAGGAAACUGCUGAAAAUAUAGGAUUUGCCUGUGAACUUCUUACUGAAGAUACCACUAUCUGCUAUGGGGAAGAUAUCAGUGCUCUUCUUCAUACAAGGAUGGGAAACCAGAGGAACAGAAGUGGAGUCUAUGCAAAAUUCGUACCCCAAGUACACGAACCUUUUUUUCCAUCUGGUGGAAACCGUGCCUUAAUAAUCACUGGCUCUUGGUUGAAUGAAAUUCUUCUCGAGAAAAAGACCAAGAGAAGUAAGAUUUUGAAACUGAAGUUCCCCAGGACAGAAGAAGAAAGACGAAUGAGGACACAAAGUAAGAGGAGGCUGGAAGCUAAAAAAGAGCAGCAGCAGCAGAACUUUGUCGACCUGGCCUGUGAGUGCAGUGCGGUCAUCUGCUGCCGGGUCACCCCCAAGCAGAAGGCCAUGGUGGUGGACCUGGUGAAGAGGUACAAGAAAGCCAUCACGCUCGCCAUUGGAGAUGGGGCCAAUGAUGUCAACAUGAUCAAAACUGCCCACAUUGGUGUUGGAAUAAGUGGACAAGAAGGCAUGCAAGCUGUCAUGUCAAGUGACUAUUCCUUUGCACAGUUCAGAUACUUGCAGAGACUGCUGUUGGUGCACGGCAGGUGGUCUUACAUAAGGAUGUGCAAGUUCCUACGAUACUUCUUUUAUAAAAACUUUUCAUUUACUUUGGUUCAUUUCUGGUACUCCUUCUUCAACGGGUACUCUGCACAGACCGCGUACGAAGACUGGUUCAUCACCCUCUACAAUGUGAUCUACACCAGCCUGCCCGUCCUCCUCAUGGGGCUGCUCGACCAGGAUGUGAGCGACAAACUGAGCCUCCGCUUCCCUGGGUUAUACAUGGUGGGACAAAGAGACCUACUAUUCAACUACAGGAGAUUCUUCGUAAGCUUGUUGCACGGGGUUUUAACAUCUUUGGUCCUCUUCUUCAUACCUCUUGGAGCUUAUCUGCAAACUGUGGGACAGGAUGGAGAGGCGCCCUCAGACUACCAAUCUUUUGCUGUCACAAUUGCCUCUGCUCUUGUAAUAACAGUCAAUUUCCAGAUUGGCUUGGAUACUUCUUAUUGGACUUUUGUGAAUGCUUUUUCAAUUUUUGGAAGCAUUGCAAUUUAUUUUGGCAUCAUGUUUGACCUUCAUAGUGCCGGAAUACAUGUUCUCUUUCCAUCUGCAUUUCAAUUUACAGGCACAGCUUCAAAUGCUCUGAGACAGCCAUAUAUUUGGUUGACCAUCAUCCUGACUGUUGCUGUGUGCUUGCUGCCUGUUGUUGCCACACGAUUCUUGUCAAUGACCAUUUGGCCAUCAGAAAGUGAUAAGAUUCAGAAGCACCGAAAGCGGUUAAAAGCCGAAGAGCAGUGGAAGCGGCGGCAGAAUGUGUUCCGCCGGGGCGUGUCCGCACGGCGCUCGGCCUACGCUUUCUCCCACCAGCGUGGCUAUGCCGACCUCAUCUCCUCCGGGCGCAGCAUCCGCAAGAAGCGCUAUCCCCUGGAUGCGGUCAUCGCCGAUGGAACGGCAGAAUACAGGCGAACCGUGGAGAGCUGAGGCGUUUGCUUCAGGUGACCUGUAGCAAAACAAUCACACAAAGUAAAAUGUCUUCUUUUUUUAUGAGAGACUCGACUUCUUGGG